AUGGUUAGAUUAAGUAUUACACGAGACAGGUUGUUAUGUGGGCGUCAAAAAAGAUGUGAGUACAUUAAUCGAGUGAUUGCAAUAUUACCGUUAAUCAUAUUUGCCUUUAUAAUGAAGCUAAAGGCGGAUUCAGUUCCAACAAUAAAUGGAUUACCGCCAUUGAAAUUGGACAAAAAUCUACGGCGCGCUUUACUGCGCGCUUUGGAAGAUUUGGAAGCAGAGUCUGCUGAAGACAGGUCUGAUCCACCGACGGCUGAGCAGUUGGUCCUAAAAAUACAAGAGCAGGAAAGUGAAGAAGAAAAAACAAAUAAAGAUGAAGAAAAUAAAAAACAAGAAGACGAAGAACUAGAUAACAAAAAUAGAGAAAAAAUAUUAGAACGUUUCAAAGGAGCGUCUGUAACGUACGAACAUUUCGCUAGUGACUCCGAGGACAUAAGCGAAGACAAAUUACAGAAUUCAACAUUUAUUGAGACAGAUAAGUACCAAGCGGAUGCGCAGAGUUCCGAAGUGAAAGCGGAAAAAAGCCAGGAAUUAAAUCAAAAGUUAGAUGUGCUGUUGGGUGAUCAAGCAGUCGUUGAAAAAUCACCAGAGCCGUUGCAAGUAGAACAAGUAGAAACGCGCAGUGUUAAAUCAAUUGGCCAUUCAUCAAACAGAAUACAAAAUUCAUUUAAGCCAAUUGCCAAAGACAUCAAUCACCACAAUCAUGAUAACGAUAACAAGGAGAUAUUGGCGAUAAGUUCCAGCAACGGAAUAGCAUCUGCGUCGGCAAACUCACUGGUCCCACCCAGUCCAACGGUAUCAAGUCCAACAACACGCCCAGCUAAAAAUGCAUCAGCACCUGUCUUGCCCACAGUACCGGCAGACACUAAAGGCAAAAAUGAAGAAAAAUCGGAGGUUAAAAUAUUCCAAGCGCCUCUUGUAGCAGCUUUCACUGUCCAGCAAGACGAGCUGGGAGUUCCCAAGAGCUCGUUUCAAACAAAUUUUCCCGAUCAAUUACGGAUCCAACAACUGCCGCUUCACAAUGACCUGAAGCAAAACUUUAAUUAUAAUCAAAAUUUCAAUAACUUAAAUUCUAACUUACCGCAACAGUCAUUUUUAAGAGGUCAAGAUCAACGCGGCGUCAACGUUCAAAGCUUCCCCUCAGUUUCUGUAGACUUCCAGCCGCCAGCUGUUCCUAGCUCCAACAGGUUUAACCGACAAGAAGCCUUGGGAUCUGUUGGCAACUUUGGUAUUAACGAAAACCGACAGCAAACACGAAAUCAUUUAGUAUUUGAUCUCCCGAGACCCGUAUCGUCGUUCGUGCCUUUCAAUCAGUUUUCAUCGUUCAGGCAGCCUGUUCACAGGCCACCGACUCCUGCACGGCAAAUCCAGCAGCUUCUUUUCCAAUCUGGAGUCGCUGGAGAACUCGGACGCAAUCAUGGCGCGCCGGGAAAUCACGAGGACUUAAGCAUAGUUUCAAAAGUACUCGCUCUUAAUGUCGGUGCUGGGCCCAACAAAAGCCUUAAGUUCAACGAUGAUUUCUUCCGAGCGUGA